AUGUCCAAACCUAUCCUGCUCGUCUUUCUACUAGUCAUGCUUAUAGUCACCUCUCAGUUUGAAUGGAGACAACCACUUGUUGAACUAGAUGCAGCCACCAGCUUGUCUCAGAAACAGCAGCAGAUUUUAGACAGGGAAGAAGCUGUGAAAGAGAAGAUCAUCAUAUCGCAAGAGAGACAUAUACAGAGGCUAAAUGAGCUUGUUAGGAGUCUCCAGUUGCAGUUGCUGCAAUGCAAAGGAGAGAAUGAGACCCAAAAUGCCACCAAAAGCUACCAUCUUAACAAACAAUUCAUCGAGGUCGAGAGGAAACAACUCCUGGAAGGCUAA